CGUCUGGGGAAGGCCAGCCCGACGUGGGACGAUACCGUCACCAAAUGCCCGUGUGGGCCGUCUAUCGCCCACGAGGUCUCCGCGUCGAGCGGCGAUGGUGCUCUUCUACGGACGGCUGCUCUAAGCAGCGCGCGGUCCAACAUGGACCUGCGCAUCGGUCUGGACUACAUCGUCGAUAAUCCUGAUUACACGCAGACACUCGCUACAGCCGCUGCUUCAGGAGCGGAAGCAGCUCGAACGCAAGUAUGGAAUCUCCUCGCUGCUCUGUGCGUCUACAGCAAAGAAGCCGGUGGACAGCGUGCCAUUACCACCUUAGAGCUCAUCGCCGAGCGUCGGCGGGAGCCUUUCCUCCUGGGUGGUCCCGCUGAGGACUUGGAGAAAGUGUCCGGCCUCGAAUGCCGAGCUGCCGCCGCUGCCCUCGCAGGAUGUUUGCUAACUGCUGCCCCAGCUGCGAGACGGCCACGCAUUCGGGAAGAGAUUCGAGUGCUUCGACUGGCCGAGAGAGCGACGGCAUUGCGGUCAGCUGUACAACACGACGGGGAGUUGGCUCAGCAGCUAGAUGCCUUUGAAGAACAGCGACGCGCCGACGCCCGCGAGCUGCUCGACUCGCUCCUGCGUCGUAUCGCGGGUUCAGCGCACGAAGGACUUCUGGUGGCAGUGUUGCAGUUUCUGCUUCAUCAGCCAGAAUCCAAGCACGUUUGGGACGCAUUAGAAGGAGUAAUGCGAAGGAGAGACAGCGCGUCUCCGAACGCCUCAAGCGCCGCUCCUCCAGCACCACCCCCUCCACCUCCUCCACCACCACCGCCACCUCAGCAAAAGGCACCUCUAUCACCCUUGUCACCGCUACCUCAAGCAGCGGCCGGCUUGCCGCGGCCACAAUCCAAAGUCAGAUCCCUUAACUGGACCAAGAUUCCAACGCAGAAGGUGCUGUCAGGUCAUGGAAACUUAUGGCGACAAGCAGCCGAAGCUCAUCAAAACAAUCCGAGCGGCGGGCUUGACUUGAGGUGUCUCGAAGGCUUGUUCCGCGUUGACGAGGACGAAUCAGCCCCUUCUCGUCCCCGGAGCGGAAUUCAAACGAGGGCGCCGCCUCUGUUGCUGGACGCCAAACGAAGUCUCAACGUGAGCAUUCUUCUGAAACAGCUUCGAAGCGACCGUGUACUUGCCCUGCUCCGAGAUCCCGGAGACGCUAGCGUGUCAGGUCCACUGGGUGCGGAACCACUGAGGGGGCUUCUGGGUGCUCUUCCAGAACCGCAAGAAAUGGAAGUCCUUGCUCAGUGUUCUAGUUCAGACUUGGAGUCACUUCCACCCGCAGAGGCUUUCUUGGCGGAGCUUGCUAGACUUCCGAACUACCGUCUACGAGUCGAAUUCCAACUGUUGCGUGAGGAACUGCCUGCAAGCCUGGCCCUGCUUGAGCCUUCCAUUGCGUGCUUACGCCGUGCUGCACAGGAGAUCCAGAACAGCAAAUCACUGCAUCACUUUCUCUACCUCAUCCUCGUUGCCGGCAACUUCUUGAACUCAGGUGGACAUGCGGGAAACGCCGCAGGGUUCCGUAUUGUUUCUUUGCUCAAGGCUGCGGAAACGCGUGCCAACCGGCCCGGAGUUCAGCUCAUUCACUGCGUUGCCAUGACAGGCCGCAACGAUGUCAGACGCCUACGGGAGGAACUACCUUCCCUGGAGAAUGCGUCGCGACUCUCCGUAGACAAUCUGCGCAACGAACUGUCCUCGCUUGGCCAGCGGGUUCACCAGCUACGUCGUGGUGUCAGCCAAGCAGACAGCACUCUUCGUCAACGCUCGGAGCCUUUUCUUUCGGGAGCCCAGAGGGACUUGGACAAGGUUCGAGCCGCUUUAGAUGGAUUAGAAGACGUCCACCGUGACUUGGCCGCCUUCUUGUGUGAAGAUGCUGAUGGAUUCCGCCUCGAAGACUGCUUUAGAAUUGUCUUCAACUUUUAUGUCAAGCUUACCGCGGCCAUUGAGGAAAACACUAGAAGACAGAAGGAAGAAAAUGCCGCCGAAGCUCGCCGUCGGUUACGAGAGGAAAGGCUCGCUGACGAACCUCGACGGCGCAUGGGUUCCCUCGGCUCGGACACUGCCGACUCUCCAAGCAGCGACGCCAGUCCAGCAAACAGUCUUCAACGUCGCCGCCGCCGACCAGCUGCACGAUACUCGUCCUCCGACGACGAUCUCAUGGAUUACUUGCGCCUGGCACUUUCCGAAGAAUUCGGACCCAGUAGUAAUCGAAAACCUUCUGAAAACCUACCUGCUGUCCACCAGAACUCGUCAAGCCAGGAACAACCUCGCAAGAGCUUAGAACCUCUUCACGAGCAAGAACGCGAAGAACCCAUCCCUAAGACAGAACAACCUCCUCCACGACCAACUCCGAGACCUCCAUCGAGACCUGUUCCUCGUCCUACACCACGUCCUACUCCCCGACCUCUGCCAAGACCUCCACCUUGCGGAAGGCCUUCUACCCCAAGCAGCAGCGACGAUGAGGGUCCACGUCGUGCGGAAGUAGUAAGGACUUCGAUGCCGAAUACCGUUCGAUCUUCGGAAUCAUUGGUGCCGUCCAGAAGAAGUUCGAUUCCAACCAUGCCGGGAAGCAGUGUGGCCCACCGGGGUCGGGCACAGUCGGAACAGACGCUCCAUAACGGAACUACCAACGGGUAUGCUGAGAGGCCCUUCAUGCGAGCCACGUCGGCGUCAACAGCACGUACCGCCAUACCGUCACGUAGCGAAAUACUCGCGACUCGGCGCGAACUGAGAUCUGAGAUCCCUUCCAAGACGUCGCUGCGCACCCGUACGGCCUUGGCGCCUAGUUCGGUGUCGGCUACUCCGGCGAAGUCGCUGCCAUCGGGCGCAGGCCCCACGCGAAGUAAGAUCAGGCAUCGAGCGAUUUCAUCGCAAUUAACCGUCCCGACAGAACCUACCGUGACUGCGGCGCGGGAUGUUUCUCGUCCUCAUACCGCACGACAAUCGCGACUCGGUCGAAUCCCGCUGGGAAUUUCAUCAGCCUCUCGGGCGACUUCGCGUAUUUGAUCCCAAAGACCAAAGACGCUAAAGUUAGGUGACAGCAAGCGAAUUCAAACCAACUUCAUCCCUGGGGCUGGAGACAUUUCAGUAGGUUAAAAAGCGAUAAAAACCGGGCUGUUUGGUGGUACCUCUAAAAGCGAUAAAACCCCGGUGCA